CGCGCGCGACUGAAAACAGACAGAGAGAAAGAGAGAGAGAGAGGAAAGAGAGACCACAACAGGGUUGACACUCGCGCAAACCACUUCUCGGCCCUCUUUUGUCCUUGGCUGUUUACCGGCCGGAGCGUUUCCACGGUUUUGCUGUUUGGUCCGGUAACACGGUUUCUGCGAUCGGUGAGAGAGCCCGUCUCCGCGAGAAAAGCCAGCGACGAGGAAAAGAAGCCGACCGCUAGGAGUCGACGACCAGAGGCUGCUGUUUCGGUUACGUUCAACCGACGGAGAGACAAAGACAUAUCAAGAUGAAGCUGCUCGUGACAGUGUUGUUGUGCCUGGCGGUGGUGAAGGUGGUGGAGGUCUUGCCUCUGGCAGGAGUGGAAGAGCCGUUGGAUAGGCGGGACACGGCCGCCUCGCCGACCGAUGUUCCGGACCAGAAUCCGAAAGCAGCGAAGGCCGAGCCGGCGCCAGUGGCAGAGCCCGGUCUGAGGAGCGAACCAUCAUCCAGCUCUCUGUCGCCCAAGCCGGAGGAGAAGAAAGAAGAGGCACCGGCGAAGCUCGAGGAGAAGCAGGAAGAGCCUGCCGCGAAGUCCGCGGAGAAAUUGUCCGACGCUGUGCCCACGCUGGCGCAGCCGCAGCCGGUUCAGGAGGCGAAAUCGGAGCAGCCUCAGGAAGCCAAAAAGGAGGAGGAGAGCCUGAAGCUGGCAGCCUCCGAGUCCCACGAGACUGCGCAGGCCGCGCCUCAAGAGCCGAAACAAGAGCCCGCUGAAGCUCUCGUCGAGCAGACCAAAUCCAUCGUGCUGGUCGAGGGCAAGAGCUCCGAGCAAAGCAACUCUGGCGAGAAGAGCAACGCGGAAGCCGCCGAGAAGGAGCCGAAGGAAGAGAAGAAGCUCGAGGAAGCGAAGCCCGCCGUGAGGAAGGAAGACGAGUCUGCUUCGUACUCGUUCAAGUCCUCCGAGGAAAAGGCGGCCCUUGCACCGGAAGAGAAGAAACUCCUCGACAAGCCCCAGGAGGUUCCGGAGAAGAAGGCUGACGAGAAGCCCGACCGCGUGACCCGCGACGCCGAGGAGGCAGUCCCGGCAGUGAAGAAACUCGAGCAACCAUCCGAACAGUCCCCGGCGGCCGUCGAACCCGAGAAGCCCCUCGAGCAAGCGAAACCAUUGGAAGAAGCUAAGCCAGCCCUGAAGGCCGAGAAGGUCGAGCCGGUCGCCGCUGAAGUACCACCGGCCGUCAGCGAAGGCGCCGCCAAGGCCGAGGAGAAGACCGAUGACGCCCUUCAGCCGGCGAAGGAAGCGAAGAGCGCCCUGGUCGCCGCCCAGGCCGAGUCUACGUCCGCGUCCGUGUCCGAGCUGGUGAAACCCGAAGAGGCCAGCCAGGUGAAGAGCGAAGCUGCCGCCGAUGCCCAGACCCAGGCAAAAGCCGCGCCGAACGAGGAGAAGAAGGACGAGCCGCUGAAGCAGGACGCCGUCAAGGAAGCGAAGUCCGAGGACUCCUCGGAAGAGAAGUCGGCCGAGAAGAAGGAGUCCAAGAGCAGCAGCGAGGAGGACAAGUCCUCCGAGGAGAAGGAGUCCAAGCCCGCCGAGGCCAAGCCCGAGCUGUUGCCCAAGCCCCAGGAGCUCAGGAAGGAGAUCGUGUAACUUUGGUCGCAGCGCGGGAAGACGUACAACAACGGUAGCCCCAGAAGCAGCAACAUCAACGAGAGCGAUCGCUCGCAGUUUAUCGAUACACCGCGUUGACCACCAGCGACAGGAUGCGCGCGAGUUCUUCCCCUUGGUUAAAUAGAAGCGAGAGGAAGAGCCUCUCGCGUGUACGUAAAAAAAAAAAACAAGCGUGAACGGGAACGGGAGAGAAAGAGGAUACGAGAGUGAAAGCAUCGGUGUGAAUGGGAGAGAUUGUUCGAUCACUUUGUGGCAGGGUCCAAACAUCCCCGGCGCGCUACAAUUCCGAGUUAAAAAAGAAAGAAAACGAUUAAAAAAAAAAAACAAUAACAAACAAACGAACGAACGACGAAAACACAGGAAAAAAAAAUGAUGCCAAUGUUCAUCGAUUCGGGGCAGGAUGACCACGUGCUGCCUGGCUGUGAGGGAUAGCGAAACACGCCCAUCAGGAACACGUGGCCACCCUUCAGGGUUUCGAUUGAUGGCGCCACGCCACGGAUCGACCGUAGAAAUUCGUCCCGGUGGACACUGCGAUUUGUCCGCGGGGACGAUACCCGUGCCCCCUGGAUUAGUAUCCUCAUCCCAAAAUCCCCCAAGUUUCUUUUUGUCCCUCCUCUUUUGUCUUUGUAUCUUCUUUUUUUUUUUGUUUCUCAAAAUCCUCACUCGCCCACAACCACAACCUCAUCCCAAUAAAUUAGUGUGUAGCUCGA